GGCUCAAGUUUAUGCGAGCGCCGCAGUUGCAGAACACCGUGCAACGCAGAGUUUUAAACAGGCACCGGCUGGCCCCACGUCUGAAAGAGGACUUCGACUUCUACCUCCAACAUCUCUCAGUGCAAGUCAUGAACGCUGCCUUGUUGUGCCGUGGUACUUUCAUCGAUGAGGUCUCCACCUGUGUAGCACGCUAUCACAGUUGUCCCUGCAGCGGCGAAGUGUGUAAUCUGGAGGAGAGGAGGGAGUCCAUCUACGUGUCUCGGCUGCCAGCGCGUGCUGAGAUGUUACAACUCGACAUGACGCCAACCACCGCGUCCGAGUCUGGAACUGAAUUUUCCAACGAUUCGCCUAUGACGCUCACUCCUCUCGUGUUGAGCUAUGGGAGCUAUGGCCACCCGGAACUUUGUCACCGUCCUUGCGUGCACCUGGCCAAAGGUCAAUGUGAUGCAGGGGCGGACUGUGGAUAUUGCCAUUGUCAGCACAAUCGACCCGUACAUCCUGAUAAGAAGCAGCGAGUCUUCUUAAAUUCACUGAGCUACGCGCAACUUUUGGCCACUGUCAUUCCUUACAUCCGUCAUCGCUCGCAGAGCCUGCCACCUGGAAGCUUCAGGCUCAUGCAGCUCUUGGAACGCGAAGUCCUACUACGCCCUGCCAAGGCAUGUGGUAUUCGUGACCGCCAAUUGACACAACUCUUGUCUCGUAUGUCUUUGGCAGGUUUGGUCGGACUCAUUUCAGUUCGCUCACCUGCUCCCGUACUAGCCCUCUUGCGAUACUACAUGGAAGAUUUGCGUUUGAACCUGAAAGUCGCUGAGGGCCCUGCCGGCCCCGCUGGCCCUGGCCCUUUGGGCCCUGCCCCAAGCCCAAGCCGCUCCAGCCGUGCUGGCACUGCGUGAAGCAAUGUGUUGCGUGGGUGCCCUGACCCAAAUGAAGUUGAGGUAAAGUGGACUCCGGCAGAGUGAGGCGGU